GAAAAAAAUAUACAUAACGGAUGGAGUUAUGUAGUGGUUUCGAAAAUUUGGGGCAUUUAAAAAGAUUGGGCCACACUCAGACUCAGGUGAGGUGGUAAAGAAAAUUAAAAUCUUAUACAACUGCUGAAUAAAGUGGGCGGGGGAGCUGCGAAGAUCCACAUCAAUGGCGGAUUACCAUUUCGUGUACAAGGAUUUGGAAGGGGCUUCCACGCAAUGGGACGAUAUUCAGAGGAAACUCGGAAAUCUGCCGGAGAAGGCGCCGGUAUUCAAGCCGCCGUCUUUCACCCCGGCCGAGGACGAGGAUUCCAAGCCCAAGAAUAGGACCUGGAUCGACGGCAAAACCGAGGAGGAGCUUGAAGAUCUCGAAGAUGAUCUCGACGAUGAUCGCUUCCUCGAGGAGUACAGGAAGAAAAGGUUGGUUGAGAUGAGGGAAGCAGCUAAGAUAGCAAAGUUUGGUUCAGUGAUUCCAAUUUCAGGAUCUGAUUUUGUCCGUGAAGUUUCACAAGCUCCUCAAGACGUUUGGGUUGUUGUGUUGCUCUACAAAGAUGGAUUCCCAGAGUGCAGGGUGCUUUUGCAAUGUCUUGAAGAUUUGGCGAAAAGAUACCCUGCAACAAAGUUCGUAAAAAUUAUAUCAACAGAGUGCAUUCCCAACUAUCCUGAUCGUAAUCUUCCCACUGUUCUGGUGUACAAUAAUAGUGCUGUUAAGGCAACUCACACGGGGAUACACAGUUUUGGGCGGAGGUGCACUUCUGAAAGUGUAGCCUUAGUUCUAUGUCAGUCGGAUCCCGUGCUCAAUGACGGGCAUGGUGGAGAGCAAUCGAGAGAUGCUGUUCUUGACGGGGUGAGGAAGAAGUUUCUGGAGAGGGUUGUUAGAGAGCGCGAAGAUGACGAUGGAUCUUCAAGCGAUUGAUUUACCAUGUUUGCUCUGCAGAGGAGCUUCUUUUUGGCUCUCAGUAGAAACGUAAUUCUCCAUCUUCAGGUGAUUGAUUUGCAUGUUCACUCUGCAGAGGGGUUUCGUUUUUGCUCUCUCAAUGUAAUUCUGCAUGACAAUCACUCUAUUGUGUAGGGAAACUUCUUGUAUCCACUUAUCCAUAUGUUGUAAGGAUGGGAAUUUAUGUGAGUGUUUAAGCAGUAAUUAUGCAAGUUUUGUUUCAAA